ACCGCUCCGUGUCGCUGCUGCAGCCCUCCACACGAAACGCAAUCCCUUUGGGGAGGAACAAACUCCGCGCAGAGAGGAGCAAGCAGGGAAAAUGCAAACAUCAACUUAAUUCAUUAGCGCCGAUUGCUUGACGACAGUGAGCAAUACGUGAUUCACAAGUCGGAUUUGCAACGUCGCCUACGGGAGGAGGAGAAACAAACGAAGGGAGCGGAAAAACUUCCCGAAUUGAACGGGCUUCUGUGACACGGAGCUUGACAACCCGGUGAAUCGAGUUUUUACCAAGAAGUGCUCUCACAUUUCACUUGUCUCUCAGCGGCGGAGCGGACUUGGUCGGAGCUGGCACGGAAACUCUUUGGACCGGGGAUCGUCUGUGGACUUUGACUCCGCUUUGAAACAGCAAGAACAACACCGAGAUUAUUUCAUCUCAAUCUGCAACCAAUAUCAUCUACAAAUAAUUUAAAAAAAGGAGUUGUUCCUCAAGUCCGCGGCAAUGGGGGAGCAGCCGAUCUACACCACCAGGGCCCACGUCUUCCAGAUCGACCCGUCCACCAAGAAGAACUGGGUUCCUGCAAGCAAGCAGGCCGUCACCGUCUCCUAUUUUUACGACAGCACACGCAACAGCUACCGCAUUAUCAGCGUGGAUGGAUCCAAGGUGAUCAUCAACAGCACAAUCACACCCAACAUGACGUUCACCAAGACGUCGCAAAAGUUUGGCCAGUGGGCAGACAGUCGGGCCAACACUGUGUUCGGGCUGGGCUUCGCUUCAGAGCAGCAACUGUCAAAGUUCGCUGAGAAGUUCCAGGAGGUGAAAGAAGCAGCCAAGCUGGCGAGGGACAAAUCGCAGGAGAAGGUGGAGACGCUGAGCAAUCACUCUCAGGAGUCUGGAAGUGAAACGCCCUCAACCAACCAGGCGUCGAGCAUUAACGGCACAGACGAUGAGAAAAUCUCUUACGUCGGCCCAGAUCCUGCUCUGCUGAAGACUGAGAACGAACGUCUCAAGAGCGUAGUAGAACAAAGCAACACCAACGCCAAGAAGUGGGAAACAGAGCUUCAGACUUUAAGAGAAAAUAAUGCCAGGCUGGUGGACGCGCUGCAGGAGUCUUCAGCUAAUGUAGAAAGCUGGAAGAAACAACUUACUACCUGCAAGGAAGAGAGUGACACGCUCAAGGAAAAGAUCGCAGAACUAGAAGCCCAAUGUAACGAAGCCAAUCAGGAGAAGCAGAAAAACGCUCAGCUGACCGUUCGCGUGAAGGAGCUGGAGGCCGAGCUGCAGGAGAAAGAGCAGGAGCUGGAGAACUUGAGGAAGCAGGCGGAGAUAAUCCCUCAGCUCAUGGCCGAGUGCGAGAGCAUCACCACAAAACUGCAGGUCGCAGAGACGAAGAACAAGGAGCUGGAGGGGAGGAUAGGGGGUCUUCAGAUGGACAUAGACGACAGCCGACAAAAGCAAGGCAACAUGAAGGGCGAGCUGAAGAAGUUCAUGGAUAUUCUGGAUGGAAAGAUAGACGAGCUGCAUGAGUUCAGGCAGGGCCUCUCCAAGCUGGGUGUCGAUAACUGAGAAAAGUAGCAGCGAGCCGAAAGGGUAAAAGGUCGGGUAUGAAGGAUUCACUUCAGGGCAGAAACUAUGUGGCACCUUCUCCCCCAAGGUGAUAUCCACACAGAAACUAUCAGCUUUGGCUUCUAAUAAACACUACCUUGUGAGAAAGAGAUGUUUUGGAGAGAGGGAGGGAGAGGGAGAGACUGACAGACUAAAAAGGGAGGAGAGCGCCAGCGCCGCUCCACCAAACGGCUCCAUAUUUUGUGCGCUGGCAAUGUGAAACUAAAUCAAGAGUCACACUUUGAGCUUACUCAUCCGUUUCUGUGGGGGGAAAACGAGUUUAAAAAGCUGGUGGUGGGUUCUUAGAUUCUGUUCAUCUGUCUAUUUUCUGAAGGCUGCAGCACGUCUACACGGGGCAGAGCUUAGCGUAGUAGAGGGGACUUAAAAGGGCUAAAAUGAACAACACGCAAAGACAAUGCUGCUCAGCAUCACUCAAGUAAUAAUUGGUAUUAAUCCUUGUGGGCCCCCUCCGAGAAUUAGAGAUGAAAUCUUUCUCCAGACUGUCCUCGCUGCUGCCUCUCGUCUAUCUCAGGUGUGUUAGAAGACAGUUUGUACUCAUUAGAUUAUAUGCACAUAUAUGACAAACGGCCGUGACACAAAGUGCCUCCGGGUGAGUCUAAAUCUACAUGGCAAGGAGAACUGGCCAAGUGAUGACCAUCACCAUAAUAACAACUUUAUGAUUUAUUUUAAAUUUUUUUUUCUUUUUGUGAGGAAACCCAAAAAUAAAUAAAAUAAAACGAACGCAACACAGGCGGCCGCGUCCAUCCACAGGAUGGAAACUCAAAGGAUAAAACAGGCGUUUGCUUUGAAACGACUCUUUAGAAAGCGCUGCAGCGGGAACUUGUCACCUCUCUUGUGGAUGUUUUCAGUAAACAGCCCUUUUGAUUAUAUUUGCAUAAAGAAGAAAAAAAAAACUCUUGUCUCGGGAGCUUUCCUUCAGAAAAAUAAUAAGAGCAACCCCAUCUCGCCAUGAGUGUAGUGUCGUGUUUAAAGGACUCUGUGUGUGUGCAAUAGUAUUGUUGUUCAUUUGUAGAACGAAGGUGUGUGUCUCCAAGGCUGUCGAUGUGCUUCCUACACACUAGUUUUUUUGUUAUGAUGGUGGUGGUUAUUUUUGGGUGAGGGGACUUGGUGCUGCUCAUUGGGUGAAUAAUGUGAAAGUGUACUUCACUGAUGGAUGGCAUGGGCCUCUCCAUGAAAACCCCUGUCAGAUUCUUGGUUUAUGUUUUACACGUUUAUUUAUUAUUUGGUGCCUCUCUGCAACUAGUGUUUCUAGAACAUACCAAGUAAAUCACCCUUAACCUUAUGUCUCCAUAGAUGUAAAAUAAUAUAUUAACAAUACCAAACUGUCAGGAUUCAGAGGUUUCAUAUUGGAGGAUUCGUUGGCAGCAUGAUGUCUUCUAGCUGCUUCUGGCGAGUCCAUCUUGAAACACAUUGUAGUGACAUAUUUACUCUGUAAUACUAUGACAAUAUAAGUCUAUAUUUUUCAUCACUGUUUUGAUCUUGCCAUAAGAUUGAGAUUAUCUAUUGAAGGGAUUUUUUUUUUUUUUUUUUGCUUCUUGUUCUCUCUGUUUUGCCCUGUUGUUCAUAACUCACCAGAAUCUGGAUAACACAGCGUAUGAUCCUUCCUUUUGAACUAAUGCCUCUUGUGCACUUUUGUGAUUCCUGUUCAAUAUUGUACAAUAGAACUGACAAUUGGUAAAAUUUAGUUUAAUUACAA